CUGGCCGAUGAGCGCUUUCCAUAGGAUUUUCUAUACUGUAAUACCUCAAAACGCGAAUGAGCAUCGACCGUGAACGUUGACGAGGAAUAAUUGCAGCGCUGAAGCCCCUCCAACUUAAGUCGAACAUUACGCGCCUGAGAGAAGCUAAAUUCUGGAAAAUGUUGUCGUAAUUACAACAAAACAACGUAGCUCUACUAGCGUGAACAGCAAAACGCAGAAAGCGAAAUAAUUAAAUAAUUUUUGUUGAAUAACGGUUCCGCAGCGAAGUUGCAGGACAGCCAUUAGAGAGGACGAGAAAAGAAUUACAGCGUGAAACUUGCUGAAAAUACGAGCAGCCACAUCAAAUCGGUCCAUCAGCAGUGCCUGUCAUUCGCUAACGGCAUCAUCAUCACGGCAAAAAAAAACAAUACCGAACUUCAGCCAAGAACAACAAACAAACAAGCGAACCAACGAAAGCGCGUCGUCAGCAGCAGUAAUAACGCUUGACACUGCUUGCCGCUCUGCUCUCUGCAGCUAUACGAACCGACACGGAUGCGUGCAAAAUUGUUCGAGUGCUUUGUAUUGAUUUAACGUUGUUUGCUAAACGAAAAAUACACAGAAAUACAAAUAAAACAAAAGAAGCGCAUAAGUAGAAAGUUAUAAUUAAUAUAAUAAUGCUACAACAAAUACAACUACCAACACUAAUGCAGUAGAAAAGUGCUCUCAAUACAAAAAAAAAAAACUAAAGUUUCGCUCUCGUGUUUUUGAGCGAAAAAAGUAAUAACAACGAAUAGCAAAUCAUCAGCUGAGUCGUGAAAGAGCGUGGCGUAGAAACGGAAAUCGAGACUAUAAUUCAAAAGAUAAAACAAAAAACAACAAAUUAAAGACGCGACUUUCGCUGUCAUUCUGCUGAUACUCAACAGACCCGUUAAACAAAUAAAAGUAGCACAAAAUGCCGCCAAACACGAAUACGAACACCGAAGAGCAGCUGCCGGAAGAGUCGACGCAAAGUCUGGAACCGGCCGAUCAGAAAGUAGAGGAGACCACGCAGCGUGAGGUGUUCCGUGAGCUCGCGCAAAAACAGGCGGAACAACAGCAGGCGGAGAGUCAAAAAAUGUUCACCACUUUGACACCCAAAACCACAACAGAGGCCGAAGAGGAACCCACCACAACAACUGCGUCUACCAUCCAGAAAAUCGGACAUGCCGGCGAAGUGGUCACCGAAGUGAUUGCCGAGAAGACAGGUCUGCCCACAUGGGGCGUGGUGGCAAUUAUCAUACUGGUAUUCCUCGUCGUCUUUGGUAUACUCUUCUUUUGUGUACGUCGUUUCUUAAAGAAGCGACGAACCAAAGAUGGUAAGGGUAAGAAGGGUGUCGAUAUGAAAUCGGUACAAUUAUUAGGAUCGGCGUAUAAAGAGAAAGUUCAGCCUGAUAUGGAGGAACUCACCGAAAAUGCUGAAGAAGGCGAUGAGGAGGAUAAACAAAGCGAGCAAAAAUUAGGCAGACUGAAUUUUAAGCUCGAAUAUGACUUCAACUCGAACAGCUUAGCGGUCACCGUUAUACAAGCCGAAGAAUUGCCCGCGCUUGAUAUGGGCGGCACAUCAGAUCCUUACGUUAAGGUCUAUUUGCUACCCGACAAGAAGAAGAAGUUCGAAACCAAAGUGCAUCGCAAAACACUGAACCCGGUCUUCAAUGAAACCUUCACAUUUAAGAGCUUGCCCUAUGCCGAUGCCAUGAACAAGACGCUCGUAUUUGCCAUAUUCGAUUUCGAUCGUUUCUCCAAGCAUGACCAAAUCGGCGAGGUGAAGGUGCCACUCUGCACAAUUGACUUGGCGCAAACUAUCGAGGAAUGGCGAGACUUGGUCAGCGUUGAAGGUGAAGGCGGACAGGAAAAGCUUGGCGAUAUCUGCUUCUCACUACGUUACGUUCCAACUGCUGGCAAGCUAACUGUGGUCAUCUUGGAGGCAAAGAACUUGAAGAAGAUGGACGUCGGCGGAUUGUCUGAUCCAUAUGUGAAAAUUGCAAUCAUGCAAAAUGGAAAACGUUUGAAAAAGAAGAAGACAAGUAUCAAAAAAUGCACCCUCAACCCUUACUAUAAUGAGUCGUUCUCAUUUGAAGUACCAUUUGAACAAAUACAAAAAAUCUGUCUCGUCGUUACUGUUGUGGAUUACGAUCGUAUCGGUACAUCUGAGCCGAUUGGACGCUGCAUACUCGGCUGUAUGGCUACCGGCACCGAAUUGCGGCAUUGGUCCGAUAUGUUGGCCUCACCACGACGACCGAUUGCCCAAUGGCACACAUUGAAGGAUCCCGAGGAAACCGAUGAAAUACUGAAGAAUAUGAAGUAAAGUGACGGGGGCGGUUUAUGUAGAAAGUACUAAGUAGGAGGUGUGAAGAAUGUGAGACGUGAAGAUCAAGUUGUUCAUCAAUACAAUGAAUUCAUGUAGUAAACGCAAAAUAAAUCAACUAACAUAUUUGCAUACUCACUAUGUAAUAGUUACCCGAACCGUACCGUACCGCAAAUGAAUGCUAGAGAUGAUAGUCUAACAUAACAAAUAUAAAUUACAAUGCCGUCAACAACAAGAAAAAACAACAGCAACAACAACAAAACAAAAUAAAUCAAACACAUAAUAUACAACAAAUUACCGAACAACCGAACAACAACAACAGGCAAACCGCUCAUCAUUAGUUCCACAUAGAAAAAGUAUAAGUCUUUGAAGAAGAAACGUCUAAUUCGCAUAAAAAAUAUACAUACAUACAUCCUAUAUAUAUAUAAUUAUAUAUAUAUAUACAUAUAUACUUGUAUAUAUAUAUACACAAACAAAAAUAAUUUAAUUCUUUGUUAGUCCUCGACUCCGACCUCGAAACCAACAAUCAAACACACCGCGUUAAAACUAACUAGAGAAAUUUCUAAAAUGUAAUGAAAAUGGUAACAAAUUGAAAUAAAUAUAGUAGGCGGUGUAAACACAGCAUUAUGCCUGUGCAACGGUUCGCUGUCAAAUGCAGCUUUGGCAUUCAAAAUGGCCGCGGCGAGGCGAGUCGGUUAUGAAAACAAACCAAAUGCAAAAACUACUCUUAGACAAAUAUUUAAAUAAUUACGAAAAUCACAUGCAUGCAUAUCCACAGAAAUAUGUGUGUGUGUGUAGUUAUGUAUAUGAAAACCAAAAACAAAACUCUGUAACUGUUGACUUCCUGUUAAAAUGUUUAUAUAAAAUCAUAUGCAAUGAAUUAAGACGCAUUGUAUUGUACUCUACUAUAUUGCAUCGUCUAGUAUAUAUUGUGACCGUAUUGUACUAUAUACAUAAUUAUAUAUACAUAUUUAUAUAUACUUAUAUAGAUAUUGAGAUGCCUCCAUUGUAUCUACGUAUGCUCUUUCCAAAGUUGUUUGUUUUCUGCUUUCAGCUCGAUUCUUUAGAAAGGAAGCAUUUUUUCACAAUAUUAUAUUUGUUUCAUAAUUUGUAUGUAUUGUAUUUAAGUAUUGAGGGCGAUGUUUCAAAUGUUAAAACUAAAUUUACCAAAACAUGCUAAUUAAAAAUACAAAAAAAAAAAAAUAAGUAUGAAAGUAAAAAUUAAACCUUUAAACCCAAACCAAAAUAGUAUAAAUUAAAAGGUGCAAACAUUAAAUAAAAGAUUUUCAAUUUCUUAAUACUGUUUGCCAUUUUUGUCAUUAUUCCAAUUGUAAUGUAAAUUGUAUUUAAAUUUUAAUUAAAUAAUAAAGUUGUUGAACAUUUACGCCAUCAGCAAAUUAUGAAUUUUACAAUUCAAAGCGAUUAAAAAUACUAAAACUAAUAUUUACGCAGCAAAAAUAAUACAAAAAACACACUGACGUAUGGGAUGUUACAUUUAAUUUCGUGUAAGAUAAUGCUCUAAAGACGCUCAUUGUAGAACACAAAAAAUAAAAACUUGCAUACAUAAUUGGGGUUUCUGCCAGCCAAAUUCUUUUAUAGAGGGGAAAUUUGUCUACUAUUACAGCGAUACAAAAAUAAAACUGGAUUUGUGAACGGAAUCCUUAAGCAUUAAUUUAAAUUUCAGAACAUAAUAAAAUCUUUUUAAUAUUGGUACACUAUUGCGUCCUUUCUAACGAUCGAGAGAUCACCCUCAUGACAAAAGUUUCGAAACGAAAGGUCUUUGAAUAAAAUUACAAAAUCUCAAAAGGAGUCUGACAAACUUUUCCACAAAUUUGAAAGAUUUUGAGAUAUCCCUUAUGACAAAGGUUUCGAAACGAAAAGUCUUUCAAUAAAAUUACAAAAUCUUAAAGGAGUCUGACAAACUUUUUUACAAAUCUCUUUUGUGCAUUUGUUUUAAACCAGUUUCCACUAUAAACCAAGUUUAGUAGUGAUUUUCACAUGCCUUCUUGUUCAAUAUGUAAGCUACAGAGAUUUGGCCUUUCAAUUAAAGCAAUUUUUUGCACUUCCACUUCCGCUACAGUUAUGAGUACGCACAAAAUUGUAUCGACUUUUAAGCGGUCGUAAUUGAUAAAGUCAGACUUAUCUUAAAGAGAGUACAUAGCACUAAUAUUACAAAUAACAAUUUUCAAUGUUACACAGCGUAUUGCAAAUAACAAAACUAACUUCAGUGCCCCCGAAAUUCGCAAAACAGCUGGUAGAAAUAUUAUCCAGCUGAAACCCUAAUUAUUGUCCAAUGCUUGAAUAUAUUUGUACAGCUCAUUUAUGUCCAUAAUCAUCAUUACUUACUUAUGUACCAUAAAUAUUUCAAUUUUUUUUCAUCUCACAAAAUAUAAUAAUAAAUUUUAACCGUUAUGUUUAAGUAAGCAUCUAUUUCUUUUCAAUGCAUCAACACACCAGCAUAUGUAUGUGCAUAGCAUGAUUGCAUUUCGUAUACAUAUGUUUGUAUGGCUAUGUAAGUGUAGUAAUCUAUAUAGAAAAAUUACUAAUUACAAUUAAUUAAUAAAUUAAAAAAUAAAUAUUUAAUGAAUCAUGUUAAAAUAAAUAAAUUGUAGAAAGUUUAACUUCACGCGUGAUUGCAAAAAGCAAAUAUCAUCGGUUCUUGGAAGCCAACAAAACAAUAAUUUAAAUACUUAUAUAUAUUGAGACGGCAUAAUAUUAGUAAAUACAUACAAAUGUACAAGCAUGUUUUUAUGUGUUGUGUGACAGCAUUUCAAUUACAUACAUAUGUAUAUAUAUAAUUUUUCGUAUUUGUAAUUACGUUAAAAAAUUGAUAAUCGGUAUUCGAUUAAGUCAUUGUUUAUAACUAGUUUAAGUAAUUUUUUUUUUAAUUUUUAAAUCUUUUUUUUUUUUGUAAGAAUAUCGUUAUAUUUAUGUAUAUUCAUAUAUAUUUCGUUUUACCGUGUGUAGGCCUAAUUUUAUUACUAGUCUACUUUUAUAUUUUCUAUUUUGUUUUCUUUUUUUUAUUUAGUUCAGCUGAAUUUAUUAAUGACAUGUCACUUUCAUUUUCACUUUUCAACUUUUGCUUUUAGUUGAGUUCAUCUCAAUUAAAUUCAGUAAUGUCUUGUCACUUUCAUUUUCACCUUUUCACCACACUGACGCGUUAAUCGUUAUUUGAGAGAUGUGCUUUUGUGGCAUGCUGCUUUUAUUUACUUAUGUAAAAAUCGUUGGAGUUUAUAUUUAAUAUAUAUAUAUAUACACGCAUAUAUAUAUAAACAUAUAUAUACAAAUAAUAAUAGAUAUUUAGAAUUUGAAAACUCAUAUUUAAUACUACAAUUAAAAUAUUUAAAGACAUAUUAAGAACAAUAAUAGUUAUUACUGCUAAUUUAUACUAUAUUAAGGAUAAAUGGUUAAGGCAGACAACUCAGCAUGCAGAGAAUUAAACCAAAACAAAAUAUACGUUAUUUCAAUGGUAACAAAACAGGCAUAAAAACGAACAUAACUAAACUUAUUUUAAGUGACAAAAGUAAAUGCAACAACAAAUAUCAUUGUUAUGGAGAAGAUACCACUAUUGAUUUUUAAACUAAAUAGAACAUUAAUAAUGAAGAUAUGUAUAUGUUUUUGUCUUGUAAAAAUAUAGUUAAGGUCUACACACAAACUCGUACCGAAACUAAAAAUACUGUUAAAUGGCAACACACACAAAUAAUGGAACACUGAAAACAGUUACACUGACAUACAUAUAAAACGGCAAUAUAUUGUUGCUGCAAUUUUAAGAUAACUUUAAUUUCGCAUAGCAAAGUUGGAAUAUUGAGAACGGCUGUACCGUUCUAAGCGCCAUUUGUCGAGUAGUAUGGUAGGGCGAUGAUACAUGUAUGUUGAUGAUAUGCACGAAAAACCUGUAGGCGGUGUAAAAAUAAAUAAAAAAUUGCUAUGAAAAGUUAAACUAAACAAAAUUAGAUUACACAUAGUUGCACUAUACAAACAUAUAUUAUACAUAUUAAAUAAUAAAAACCAAAAUUAGAGAUAAUUAAAUAAAUAUAUAUAUAUAUAUAUAUAUACUAUAUAUAUAAACAAUACCUAUAUACCACAAAAGAAAGACAAAACUAAAGCGACACUAUUUAAUAAUAAUAAUAAAAGAAGAUUGUUAAUUUUGAUUACAAUGAGGCAUACAUAUUAUUAACAAUUACAUACAUAAAUACGAGUAUAAUAAAAAUUGCAAGUGAAAAUAAAAGAUUGAUUUGGUUUUAUUUACAUACAUUAAGACAUUUCAAUGACACAAUGACACUUGAAACACACCACAUUUUGUAUUUACCGCAAAACGAUAUCAAACUCUGACAUUUGCAUGUAUAUUAGUAAAUUAUCGAAAUCGCUAGGUUGAACUUCCAUCUCUACGAAAGAACUUAAGUACCUCUCUCUCACUCUCUCUUUUUGAAAGAACGAAAGAAACAAGUACCCAGCAAUGAUUUGGGUACCAUACCUAUGAGUUAAACGGUUAGCAGAGUUAGCGCAAGAACUCCUACUUACAUACAUAAGUAGUCAUUUGUAAACCAUUUAAAAUUUAUAUAUACAUACAUAUAUAUAAAUAUAUAUAUAUACAUACGUAUAUACACAUGAAAUAUGUGUGCACACUUACAACCAUGAAACUGCUCAUCUAGGCAAAACUAAACGAAUGAAAAGUAAUCAAACUAAAUAAGUUAAAACUCUAGUAAAAAAUCGCAAAAACUCAAAUUAACUAUCAUUUUGAAUAGCCGACACAUUGGUACAGAUCUGACAAGUUAGCUUAAAGACAGCAGAUUUGCUACAGCACUACCAUGCCCCUCUCUCUCAUAGAAACGGAAUUUAUUUUUCAAAUAACCAACCGAAGCUGCAGACUCAAAACUACUGCUCAAAAAGUUAUUCAAAUUUAAUUUAACUUAUCUUCAAAAUUUAAUAUUAACAAAUGUAAAAGACUCCGUUGUAGACAUGUUGAAAGCUUUAUUGAGAGAUCAGUGUUAUUGCAAAGAGAGGAACUGACGAUAGACCGAGGAAUUUUAGCCGCACCGCGCAUUGAACCAUUUCUCGAAAAUUUUUAUAAAUCUAUAGAAUAUCAAUUUUAUAUUUUAUAUAAAAUUCAAGACAAACAAAUUCAAAAUCACUGGGAGCAUGCGCAAAAAUAACACAAACAAAUGCAAAAAGUAUGAAACAAAAAUAAAUAAAAGCAAAAAAAAUCUUGAUAUAAAAUGUACUAGCAAAUGGAAAUGGCAUACAAAUAAUCAUCUAUACAUAAUCAUCAGCAACGCAUAGUAUGAAUUAAUCAGCUAAAUACAAUUGAUAUACAUACAUACAAAUAUACUGGCAUAGAUACAUAGAUAUGAAAUACCAUAGUUGUACACACACGUACCGGAAUGCACAAAGUUUCAGUAGAUUAAAAGUUCGAAGCAAAAUAUAAAAAUAAGGCAAUUAAACGAUGUAUGUAAAGGAGCAAUGAUAGGUGGGAGCUGAAAAAGUAGAGUAGUGAACGCUUAAAUAUACACACAUACAUAACUAUUUUUGUGCGUUUGAAAGGAAGAAACGGGAAACAUUAGCACCGGCACCGGCACCGGCACUCUGAGUGAAAAGUUUCUCGAAGUUUUUACGCUUUCGGUUUUUAGCUAAUAUUAUUUCCAUCCAGAGCCUGCUUAAUUAUUUGUAAUUAUCUUUAAAUUUAUUACCCACUCAGUACAAGAGUUUUUAAAUCAGUUUGAUAACCCCUAUUUAGGCUCAAAGAUUUUUGCAUUAUGUUUAAACUGUUAGGCAAACUGCUCAUCAUCCACGAAACAUACACAGCCUCAUUCGCAUAUUUUACAUACCAAUUUAAUGUAUAAAUAUUUAUAAAUAUAUAUAUAAAUUAAAGUGUAAACAAUUUAAUAUUAUUAUUAUAAAAGUAAUUAAAAUGACUUAUAACGAAGCUGUUGAUCACUGGCGUUGCAAUGCGGCAGUGUGCAGGAAUAAAGUUUAUUCAAGUUCAACGUAACUGUAUUUAAAGAGAGAAUUUUAUUUAAAUGCAAUGACCUAUGUGCAGAUAUUAUUAUGAAUUUAAGUAUUACAAAUGUAUUGAAACAAAAGAAAAACUGAGGUGAAAUAAUAACACAAGAGAACAACAUCUGUAGUUAAAUAAAUACAAAAUUUAUAUAAGUUAAAAUAAAAAUGUUCAAAACCAUAAAAUA